AUGGCGGAUCGCAACGGCGUCAAGCGCGUGGUGCUGACCAGCAGCUUUCUGGUCUUCUCUUCCAUCGUAGCGUUCAUCUGCGUGGAGCGGAAGCGCCACCGCCAGCGGAUCUGGCGGCAGCGGAUGGCGUACAAGAAGCUGUCAAAGUCAUCGGACUUGGGGACAUCGUUUGGCUUAGACAUUGGGGGGACACUGGCCAAGAUCGUGUACUUUGAGCACCACGGGGCGAGCAACGACAAGCGGUCGCGCUCGGCUUCGCUGGAUGGAGCAGCCAGAGAGAUGAACAAGUUCCUGCGCGAGCAUCUGUCGUUUGGCUCCACGGGCGUGCAAGACGUGCGGCUGAAGGCGUACUCGACGAUCCUCAAUGGGGUUUUCCAUUUUAUGCAGUUUGAAAGCAGUCGCACUCGAGAAGCGGUCGAGUUUAUCGUGACGAAUGGGAUUCAUCAGUCGCUGAGGAUCUUGCCGUGUACGGGCGGCGGGGCUCACAAGUAUGGACAUGUGUUCAACGAAAUCGCAGGGAUUGAGCUGGAGAAGUACGACGAGAUCAAUUGUACCAUUUUGGGGCUGCAUCUCCUGAUCACGACACUGCCGGACGAAAUGUACACUUUUGAAGUCGUUGAUUUUAAUUCCCUAGCGGCUUCGCGAGCAAAAACGAUCCCACCGGAUGCAGACACAAACGUGUAUCCAUAUCUGCUUGUCAGUAUUGGCUCCGGUGUUAGUGUGCUGUAUGUGAAAGGACCGGAAGACUACGAACGUGUUAGUGGUAGCAGCAUUGGCGGCGGCACGUACUGGGGUCUCUGUCGCCUACUGACUCACUGCGAGUCGUAUGACGAAGCGGUAGAUUUGUGCGUCAGUGGAUCCAAUGAGUCGGUCGACAUGAGUGUGGGAGAUAUCUACGGCGGAGCAUACGACAAGUUUAAUUUGCCGGCGUCGACGGUCGCCAGCAGUUUCGGCAAAAUGAUUUCGGUCUCUCGGGACAGCGUGAGCGAUGCCGACCUUGCGCGGUCGCUGUUGGUUAUGGUUACCCAGAAUAUCGGCCAGGUCGCCUUCCUGAACGCAACGCUGUACAAGACCAAAAACAUCUUUUUCGUAGGUAACUUCCUCCGACACAACAAAAUUUCGUCCAGAACUCUGGCGUAUGCAAUCAAUUUCUGGUCAAAGGGAGCGAUGGAAGCGCGCUUCUGCAAGCACGAAGGCUAUCUCGGGGCACUUGGGGCGUUCGUGCGGCACGCGGAGGUAACAAAUGCUCACGGUGAGGAGUUUGUGUCCGCGACACGAAGGACACGGCCGAUGGCCUAG